CAGGUGGGUCGCCCGGGUUUUUUGGAAGCAACAAAACGCUUCCGGCGCGAUGAUAAUGUUGACCCAACAAAUCCGGAUCCAUCAAUUGUGGUGCAUGUGCGCAAUUUAAGUCCGAAAGCAACAGAAGCUGAUUUACUGGAAGCACUCUCGCAUUUCGGAGCAAUCUCUUAUGCAACAUGCAUGCCUGGCAAACGGAUGGCACUUGUGGAGUUUGAAGAAGUGGAAGGCGCUCGAGCUUGUGUAGUAUAUGCACAAACUAAUCAGAUUUAUGUGGCUGGACAAGCUGCACUUUUCAAUUAUUCAACAUCAAAAAUGAUCCAAAGACUUGGGUUGGAAUCGGAAAAUCCAAAUCACGUACUUAUAUUAACCAUUUAUAAUGCACAAUAUCCUAUCAACGUUGAAGUUAUUCAUCAAAUUUGUGAGCCUCAUGGAACCGUUAAAAGAAUAGCAAUUCUUCGAAGAACAAUGUUGCAAGCUUUGGUAGAAUUUGAAAAUGCUGAAAUCGCCAAAAAAGCUAAACAUGCGAUGAAUGGUGCCGACAUUUACUCGGGUUGUUGUACAUUGAAAGUCGAAUUUGCCAAACCUGAUCAUGUUAAAGUAACCCGAAAUGAUCAAGAUCAGUGGGAUUAUACGAUGGGACCACCUCCUCCAGGUGGUCAUGGAAAUGCAGAUUAUGGAUAUAUGGCAAAUCACGAUGAUCGUUAUGGUGGCAAUUAUGGACGUGGCAGAGGUGUCGAUGGAUAUUAUGGUCGAGGUAGAGGCGGUUAUACUAAGGAGGAUGUUGGAUAUGGAAGAGGUGGCGGUAGCUAUGGAAGGGGAAGAGCAGAUGCUGGUGAUGGUCCAGUGUUGAUGAUUUAUGGUAUUGACCAAACUCAUUGGAAUUGUGAUAAACUGUUUAAUGUAUUAUGUCUUUAUGGAAAUUGCGAUAGGAUUAAAUUCAUGAAAUCAAAACCUGAUACAGCUAUGGCUCAAAUGGGAAGCGUACGACAAGUUUAUACAACAAUUGAUAAUCUUCAUGGCGCUGCGGUCUUUGGCAGUAAACUUGCUUUGCGUCCUUCAAAGCAACAAGUGUUACAUGAUAUACGAGAUCCUUUCGAUCUUCCUGAUGGAACCCCUUCUUUUAGGGAUUAUUCAAAAAGUCGUAAUCAGCGAUAUACAACACCAGAACUGACGGCACGCAAUCGGAUCGUUAAACCGUCAAAUGUUUUACAUUGGUACAAUGCUCCAGUAACAAUGACGGAGGAGAAAUUGAAAGAACUGUUUAUGGAUAGAGGGGCAGCCACUCCACAAAAGGUCACAAUUUUUCCUCAGCGAUCUGAACGUAGCUCAGCGGGUGUCUGUGAGUUUGUUAGUGCGGAGCAGGCCCUGGAAGCACUAGCAAUAGCAAAUCAUACUGCAGUUGAAAGUCCAGUUGGUAAAGCACCUUACAUUGUCAAACUAGCUUUUGCUGGCAGUAGAGACGGUAAAGAUUUUCGUAUGUAG